GAAAGACCAGAGAGAGAGAGAGAGAGAGAGAGAGAUGAGGACCUUCUAGAGCCAUAGUGAUCCUGAGCAGUGCGGAGUCUUCAGCAGCAGCAACAGCAGCAGCAGCGGCGGCGGCGCCAUGAGUCCACUGAACACGGCCAGCAUCACCCUGGCAGCCCUGCUCAUCCUCACCAUACCAGUCUGCACCAGUGCUCCAGCAGAAGUUCAGAAGACCACAACAGAUCAGAGGCCGCUAUUCAGCAAGAUAGAGGCUGUGUGCUCAUCCUACCUCUCUGCAGACCUGGAGCUUUGGGCGUCUGAUGCCUUAGGGGAGCUAUGUGUCAUGAUGCUGGUUCAGAAGUCAAAGGAGCUGAAAUUGCAAGAAAAAAGUAAACGGACCGCUCUGUUGCACCCUCUCCUCCAUCUAUUUUCUCAACUCAGUGCCAGAGGAGAGAGAGGACUCUCGAUGCACGCUGAGGUCCAGGGACCCGGUGGAAUCGAGAGCAGAGGUUACUUCCUCUAUCGGCCACGAAAUGGAAGACGAUCCUUAGAAUACAAGUAAAUUCAAGGCUACGGAUACAGAGACGACACCUGAUAGUGAGACCCGAGCUGCUGAACCAUGACUGAGUGUUCCAGACUGUAACCACAGCCCUAUGCCAGUGCUGUAUAGUGAUGUCUGAAUGUACACAAUGAAUAUAAUUCAAAUAUGAGUAAUUUAUUUUGUGUUAUAUGUUUUUCAUUUGCAUUAAAAUGCUAUAAUG